AUGGUUUGGGCUGACAUGACUCUAGACUUCGCAUCCUCUGCUCUGGCCCCAGUUUUCGGUUUCCUGGUGUACAGUUUACUCGCCAGGAACAACGACAAUGGCACCUUAACAGAAGGAGUGGCCUUUGCAUCACUCAGUGUCUUUGAGCUGCUGCAACAGCCUAUGAUGUACGCCAUCGAUGGCGUGGAGCAUGUCAAGACUAUAAUCAACUCUUUCCGUCGAAUCCAAGAGUACCUUCAGGCCAAAGAAACCGAAGACUAUAGAAUCACACCAGAAAGCAGCUCGUCCUCAUCCCGGACGAGUAUUUGCAAAGUGGUCGAGGAAAAGGAUAUGAUGCUCAAAGAGAAACCAGCGCUUGAGAAGUACCAUUUCUCCGUCACAGUUCAACAAGGAUCUGCUGGGUACUCUGAUGAUGAGUUGAUCCUGAAGGAACUCGACUUUGAAUUGCCGCUAGGCCAGACGACCGUCAUAAUGGGCCCCGUCGGUUGCGGAAAGUCUACUCUCCUCAAGCUCAUUCUUGGCGAGCUGCCUGUUUUCUCUGGUACCAUCGUAACGAGCUUCUCCAAGGCGGCAUACUGUUCACAGUCUCCAUGGACAACUUGGGGUUCCAUCCAGAGUAACAUCGUCGGCAUGUCUCCCUGGGACCAGGAAUGGUACGCUUCUGUUGUGUCUGCUUGCGCACUAUCUGCGGACUUUGCGGAGCUUGCGGAUGGCGAUCAGACCCCAAUCGGAACUAGAGGCGCCAGGUUGAGCGGCGGACAGCAGAUGCGGGUGAGCUUGGCCCGGGCUCUCUAUUCCAGGAACUCUGUGCUAGUGUUAGACGAUUGCCUGAGUGGGCUUGACCGCACGACCGAAAGGCACAUUGUCGAUGGUAUCACUUCAUUGAUAACGAUGAUCAACUACACUAACACUCCGUCAGGUCAUCACCUCAGCUUCGCUGAUUAUGUUGUGUUCCUGGACUCAAAUGGAAUGAUUACUCGUCACGGCGCAAAGGACAGCAUGUCGUCCGAAGAUGAAAUUGUGCAAGAGGUCUCAGAAGAGAGCACCACUCCCCGACAACCAGUGGACCCGGCAGAUGCCGAACUGCCGGAAGAAAUGCUUCAGGAGCUCGACUUACUCGACGACCCGGACCAAGGAGUCAGCCGCAUGACCGGAGACCUGAAAGUUUACGCCUACUACGCCAAGAUUGCAGGUCCUUGGACAAUGUUUAUCUACCUUCUGGCGUGCGCGACGUUUGUUUUCGCGAUUUGGGUUCAAUGGUGGACAAAUGCAAACGCAGAAUACCCAAACGACAGACUUGGCUAUUACUUGGGCGUAUUUGCAGGGCUUGGUCUCUUGACGGUCAUCGGCUGCACGCUUGCAGACAGGUGCGGUGCCCAGACUUUUGCUCAACACGACGAUGCGGUUCGUAUAUGCCCCGCGUUUCCGGAACAUUUACUGACCGCUCUCAAGGGCCCCGACUGCGUUUCUCACCUCAACAAAUGCGGGUACAACAAUCAACCGGUAAGAAGCCAGGCCAAGAAGCAUACCCUUGCCUCGGAGCUAAUGCAUAAGAAUAGAUUCAGCCAAGAUCUGGAACUCAUCGACAACGAUCUACCCCAGUCUAUUGAUUCGUUCAUCUUCCAGUUCAUGUCCGCCAUUGUGUCUGCCGUCUUCGUCUUCAUUGGCUCGGGAUAUGUCGCUGCAGCUAUUCCAGCUUGUUUGGCUCUCCUCAUUCUCCUCCAAUUCUAUUACCUUCGCACGUCGCGUCAGCUACGUCUACUGGAUAUCGAGGCCAAGGCACCGCUCUUUUCACAGUUCCUGGAGACCGUCAACGGCAUUGCUUGCAUCCGGGCUUACGGAUGGACUCAGAACUACUCGGAUAGAAAUUAUAACGCCUUGAACGCCUCCCAGAAACCAUUCUACCUGCUGUACUGCAUCCAGAGAUGGUUGACGCUGGUACUGGACCUCUUCAAUGCAGGCGUCGCUAUCAUGUUAGUAGGAAUAGCGACAAACAUCCAGAACGGGUCCACUAGCUUCCUCGGCGUCGCUCUUUUCAACAUUGUCACCUUUUCGUCCACGUUGCAGACCUUGGUCACUGCGUGGACCCAAGUCGAGAUGGCGCUAGGCGCAAUCAACAGGAUUCGGUCCUUUGUCAAAACCGUCAAGGAUGAGAAUGUGGCAACUGAGAUAGAGGAAGUACCUGAGGAGUGGCCACAGCAUGGUGCUAUUUCGUUCACCAACGUGUCUGCCUCGUAUGAGACCUCAUCAGAGCCAGUGCUGAAAGAUAUCUCCUUUUCCAUCCAGCCUGGGGAGAAGAUCGCCAUCUGUGGUCGGACUGGAAGGUCAGUAUCUGGCAAGUCUUCUCUCGUCUCUGCAAUCUUGCGAAUGUUGGAGAUUGAUUCCGGCACCAUCUCCAUUGAUGGCGUGGAUGUCAGCACGAUCUCAAGACAGGAGAUCCGACGCCGGCUCAUCACCUUGCCGCAAGAGCCCUUCUUCAUCCACGGAAGUGUUCGUGAGAACAUAGACCCUCAGGAAGGAGCCACUGAUGAGCGCAUUCAGGAGGUGCUGCGCUCCGUUGAUAUGUGGAACUUCUUGGAGACUCGGGGCGGCCUCGACGAGCUGCUUGACGACGAUAAGCUAUCACAUGGCCAGCGACAAUUGUUUUGCCUCGCAAGAGCUAUCCUCAAGCAAGGCAAAAUCCUCAUCAUGGAUGAGGCAACGAGUAGUGUCGACUCAGACACGGAUACCGUAAUGCAACGCGUUUUGCGGGAAGAGUUCGCUGGUCGGACAAUGAUUGCUAUUGCACAUAAACUGCAAACAAUCCUCGACUUUGACCGUGUCCUGCUCUUGGACAAGGGACAGAUCGUUGAGACUGGCAAUCCUCAGGAAUUGCUUGCAAACGAUACGUCGGCAUUCCGGGCACUGUACGAGAGUCUAGGCAGCACCACCGAGGAGCUAUAG